UGGUGCCGAUUGCAGCGCCCAACCACUUCACUUGCCCACGGUGAAUCGAAGGGCCUUUCAUUUCAGUACUUCUAGGGUUUUGAACUUCUCUAGAGUUCGUCCCUCUCUCUCCCUCUCACACGCACACUCUCUUUGCAUUAUCGUCGUCAGAUCGCCUGGGAUUUGGUUGUUUUUGAUGGAUGAGUUGGUGCGCUGCUUGAGUGGCGACAAGGGUUUCGGGCACGGUGGAUUGUUCGUGAAAAGUGGAAUUGCCGUUAGCAUUUGGAAUUUGUCUUUCUCUUUAUAGCUUGAUUGGUGUUACCAGUGAUUGAAAUGGUGGGAGAUGGGACCGAUUCGAGCGGUUCACGGAGACAGUGUCAGGUUUCCGGUGGCCAGAAGCCAUUCUGGCGGUCGGCCUCUUGGUCGGAGCGGUCGACGCCUCCACUCCCCUGCAACAAUGGAAAUCCGAUCACUAAUGCUUUCGAUCCGGAGAGGUCGAUUAACCCUUUUCGGGGAUUCCCUGCACCCCUUACCCCUCGAUCGCAGCAGAAUUUGAAGGCUCGUUCGUGUUUGCCGCCUCUUCAGCCGCUAGCAAUCAAUCGGCGUAACUUGGACGAUUGGCCUAAAGCAGGUUCAGAUGAUACAGGGGAUUGGCUUCAGCCUCCCACUCCAGGCGCUAGGAAAGAAUUUGGUAAGCCCAGUGAAGGAUUGACGCUUGAUUUGGGUUCCUUUGAGGAAAAUUUGGUCUCAUCUGGAUCACAUAUCAGGAAGGAGAGAAUUGCUUACUUUGACAAAGAAUGCUCGAAGGUUGCAGAUCAUAUCUACCUUGGCGGGGAUGCGGUGGCGAAGAAUCGGGAAAUUCUAAGGCAACAUGGUAUCACCCAUGUCCUCAAUUGUGUUGGAUUCGUUUGCCCCGAGUAUUUCAAGAGUGACCUUGUAUAUAAGACACUCUGGUUGCAUGACAGCCCAUCUGAAGAUAUCACAAGUAUACUCUAUGAUGUCUUUGACUACUUUGAAGAUGUGAGGGAGCAAGGUGGGCGAGUUCUUGUUCAUUGUUGUCAAGGAGUUUCACGUUCUACGUCGUUGGUAAUUGCUUACCUUAUGUGGAGGGAGGGUCAGAGUUUCGAUGAUGCAUUUCAGUAUGUGAAGGCUGCUAGAGGAAUCACGAACCCUAAUAUGGGCUUUGCUUGCCAAUUGCUGCAGUGCCAGAAGAGAGUUCACGCUGUUCCUCUAAGCCCAAGUUCAAUGGUGAGAAUGUAUAGGAUGGCACCACAUUCACCAUAUGACCCUUUACAUCUCGUCCCAAAGUUGUUGAGCGAACCUUCUGUGACUGCUUUAGAUUCUAGAGGUGCUUUUAUUGUGAACAUACCUUCUGCAAUUUAUGUCUGGAUCGGAAGAAAAUGUGAGGCGGUCAUGGCGAGAGAUGCCAAAGCAGCUGCAUUUCAGGUUGUUCGUUAUGAGCGGGCACAGGGUCCUGUCAUCGCAAUUGAAGAAGGUGAUGAACCUACUGAAUUUUGGGAUGCCUUCUCAAAAAGUGUUCUUUGUGGUGAAAACUCUGGCACCGUGAUGGAGGUUAGGAAGCACCAUAUAGAAAUGGCGACUGACGUUUCAGUAGGUUUGAAGAAAGUUGAUUCAUACAACUUAGAUUUUGAGAUUUUUCAAAGAGCUCUUACAGGAGGCGUUGUGCCUCCAUUUUCAUUGUCAUCUGGCAUAGGACUUGAAACUCAUCUUCCAGCCAGAGAAAAUGGUUGGAGCAUACUCAGGCGGAAGUUUGUCUCUGGUGAUGUAAAAGAGUGGGUUUCAUGUUCUAGAGUGAUGCCAUCUGUUACGGUCUCACUGAGCAAUGUUGGUACAUCAAUAGAUACAAGUAGAUUUCCGUGGUCCGAAAAGUUAUCAUCGACGUCGUCAUCAUCAUCGUCGUCGUCGUUGUCAACUUCAGCAUUGAAGCCACCACCUCUUAAUCUUUUCUCUGUUUCUCUUGCUUCAAGUGUAAAUGAAAAUCUGAAUAGUUCUGAGUCUCCCUUCUCACCUUCAAUCUCAGCCAAUUCGUCGGUUGCAUCCCCUGCAUCGUUGAUUUGGCCCAACACAGUAUCAAGUUCACCUUCCAAAGGAUCUUUCCCUUCUCUUGCACAGCGUAGAGGAAAUAUGUCGCGUUCACUUACAUUACCGAUGUUCAGGAAGGAAUUCACGGUGCUGGGUAAUGCUUGUUCUUCUGCCUGUACAAGUGCGUCAAUUGGCAUGAUGGAAAUGGAUAAGCAUAAUGGGGAGCAACCUUCAGAUUCCAAACAGUACGAUUCAAACGAAGACAGAGAAACAAGUGUAAAAUAUCAAAGGCACGUAAGUUUAGGGGAAGUAGCAUCAGCUGCGUUAUGUCCGAAGACUGGUUCUGUGACCAGAAGUGACUGUUCUGAUAAAGAAUCCUCUGAUAUUGUCGCAUUAGACAUUGCGUUUCCUCAAGCUCCAGGUCUGGUGCAUCCUAUUGUGUACCAGUGGCCAAAUUUAAAGCAGAUUAAUCCACUUGGUUUGGAUGCGGCUAAUUACAAAGGAGUACUAAUGAUCCUAAUACCAAUCUCGGUUUCUUUAGAUAGGCAGAAAGUCAAGGCCCUGAACUUGUGGGUAGGCAGUCAGUGGGAGAUAGAUUGUAAGUGGUUAAAUGGUGGCAGUAGAAAACAGGAACCUGAGAUGAUUGAUUGGAAUCAAGUUGGUACGGAGUUCUUGACAAAAAUGGGGUUGCCGACUGAUCUCCUUGUGCAGGUGGUCAAGGAGGAAGACCGGCCUGAAGGUUUUUGUCAUUGGUUGAAUUCCUUGGUGGACAAGGAGAUUCAGAGGACCAACUAAGUGCAAAUAUUCACUAUGUUCUUCGUCUUAGCAUCACACACAGUAGGUUGCCCCAAUAUGUGAUAUUGGCCAACUUUCCUAAUAAAGUCGGCGGUAUUUGGCAUCAUCCUUGAUUCUUUCAAGGGAUUUUUGAUCUUCAGCUUUCAUUGCUUAUUCUAGCGGCUCGAAGAUGAUGAAAGGUGACAGGUUUCGCUGUUCAUGCGCCAGAAUGCAGUUUCUUGAUGCAGGAAACCUCCCAACUGCUCAAAUUUGCGGAUGACUACUGUUGCAGCUGGUGGAAAGUACGAACUGCUAUCCCAGGAGUUUGACAGCGAGGCUCGUCUCUGUGUUUGUCCUUUUUCUCUCUUAGGCAAAGUUGAUCUUCCGAGGGCAUGGAGUUUCACCUUGGUGAUUCCAGAAAUCUGAUUGUCUCAUAGUCGGAAGCGACCUACUGAAGCUGGAUUUGCACGAUUUGGUCCGUCAAGCUGGUUCAUGCAAUCCUUUCUCCAAGCCCACCAUUGCAGCUGCUUUAAUUCAUUGACGGCCUCAUGGGGUUGAGCUGGAGUUCUCCGCGCAUUGCUGUAUAAUGUUGGGUUCUCCAGUUUUGUACAUUAAAUAAAAAAAAAAAGUUAAUCGUAGCUCUUCAUAAA